GAUGGCGGUGAACCAGAGCCACACCCGGGACCGCCGCGGGGUCAUCAUCGCCUAUGGCGAAAGUCUCUUGAUGCAGUCUCCAGAUGUGGAGCUCUCCUUCCCACAGCAACCAGAGGGCUCCAACCUCUUUAGUGGUACAAAGACGGGAAUGUUGGUUCUCACUUCAUACCGGGUGAUUUUCUUGACUUCACGCUCAGUCGAUGAUCCCAUGUUGUCUUUUAUGAUGCCAUUUGACCUGAUGAAGAACUGCACCGUUGAACAACCAGUCUUUGCUGCAAACUACAUUAAAGGAACUAUUCAGGCAGCUCCAUAUGGUGGCUGGGAAGGACAGGCUACUUUCAAACUAGUUUUCAGAAGAGGAGGUGCCAUCACAUUUGCCCAGUUGAUGAGCAAAGCUGCCUCUGCUGCGGCCCAAGGAGUUCCACUUAGAACCGUAAAUGCCUGGUUUGGCCCUGUGCAGAUUUAUGUUACUGAUCAGGGGAAUAUGUGCACUCCACAGACGCCUUGUUCAGGAGAAGCAGCAGAGGUUGAGGAGUUGGAGUAUGGUUGA